GUGCAUGCUGUACGCAAAUGUUACAAUAUCAAAGGCAUUAUCUGAACCUCACCUUGUUAAAUAAAAUGCAGCUUUUCAUGAUAGCCUAACCAGAUUGCUGCUGCUGUUUUUGCAGGGGGCUGGAAUGUGAUCCUCAUGAUCAUUACAUACUUGCUCGAUAAUAGUAUACCCCGGUCACGUCUCCCUGCAAGUGCAUUUCACUGGAAUCACUGAGCAGAAGCAAAGAAGAGCUGAUGAUAUGUGCUGCUGAAAAAGGUUGCAGGAGCCCUGUAUUUCCCACUGGCGGCAGUUUUCUGUUUUCUUUGCAGCUUCUCCCAUCUGGAAUAUCAAAGCGGGAUUGAAGCAGAUAAUUGUUAGCAGUGGGUUUAUGUGAGAGAGACUGCAGGGAACAGAAUGUCUCGCGCACAGCACAAACUGCUUCGUCUGAAAGAACUAUGAAUAGAUGAUUUUUAGAUGUACCCACAUCUAAUGCUCCUGGAAACUUCACAGCGGAAAGGAGCCCUUGCGCCCAGUUCUUUAGUUAACAACCAAAAGGGGCAAGAAGGGGGACGCAGUGCUGAUCAAUGGGACACCUUGUCCUUGCAUUUCUCACAGCCAAGCUAGCAAAUGUAUCCCACCACCUUCAAGUGAAAAGAGCAUGAACGCUACAAUUCACUGAAUUCUACCCAACAGAGCUUAAGUAAGCUUUUUUUCACAAGGAUGGGAUACAGCGACCCCUCGUCAAGCAGGGAUUUGCUGGGGAACAGAACUUUGUUCUUCAUCUUCAUCUGCGCUUUUGCUGUGGUCACUUUGCUGCAGCAGAUACUGUAUGGGAGAAACUAUCUCAAGAGAGGGCUGCAGUUUAGCUGGCAGAGUGGAGAGGAAUUGGCAAAUUGGACCGGGACCUUUAAUUUCACGGAUGAUGGAGCAGUGAAGAGUGGCAGUGACACAGGCACCAGGUACUUUGAGUUUUAUGAAGGGCCUUUUGAAUACAACUCCACCAAAUGCCUGGAAUUAAGACAGGAUAUCAUUGAGGUGAAAGUGCUCUCUAUGGUGAAGCAAACUGAAUUGUUUGACAGGUGGAAGAGUCUACAGAAGUGCAAAUGGGAGAUGAAUGUGACAGAAGCCAACCUAUUCAAGUCAACGUUGUCAAGAUGUUGCAAUGCCCCUGCCUUUCUGUUCACAACACAGAAAAAUACUCCCCUGGGAACUAAAUUGAAAUAUGAAGUGGAUACAAGUGGAAUCUUCCAUAUCAAUCAAGAAAUCUUCAGAAUGUUUCCAAAGGAUAUGCCGUACUAUCGCUCCCAAUUUAAGAAAUGUGCUGUGGUUGGGAAUGGAGGGAUUCUCAAGAACAGCAGAUGUGGACAGGAGAUUGACAGUGCAGAUUUCGUAUUUCGAUGCAAUUUACCUCCUGUAUCUGAGAAAUAUAUAGUGGACGUUGGUAAGACAGACAUCGUGACAGUCAAUCCCAGCAUUAUUACUGAAAGAUUCCAUAAACUGGAGAAAUGGAGGAAACCUUUCUAUGAUGUGCUUCAGGUUUAUGAAAAUGCAUCGGUGCUGCUGCGCUUUUACAACACCCGCAACACGGAUGUCUCUAUCCGGGUCAAAUACGUCUUGGAUGAUUUUGAAUCUCAGCAAGCUGUCUACUAUUUCCACCCUCAAUAUCUCAUCAAUGUCUCGCGCUACUGGCUCGCUCAAAGGGUGCGUGCCAAACGGAUUAGCACGGAUUGAUUCUGGUGACUGCUGCCCUGGGAGCUCUGUGAAGAGGUCCACCUUUUUGGCUUUUGGGCUUUCCCCAUGACCCCUCAGGGUUUUAUAACUCACCAUUACUAUGACAAUGUCAAACCUCACCCUGGCUUCCACGCAAUGCCCUCAGAAAUCUUCAACUUCCUCCACAUGCACAGCAAGGGGAUCCUGCGGGUUCAUACCGAGACUUGCAGCUGCUGUUGAUGAUGAUGAUGAUUUUUCCUCUGAUGUAAUGUGCAACAGGAACUCAGUUUAGUGUAGAAGAGUUUUAUUAUAUCUUGAGAUUAUGCAAUUACUGUUCUAUAUUGAUUUCUCAAAGCAUUGCAUCUAUAGAAGCUGGGAUCCAGCAUCCUUCCUGCUAGUUGAGGUAGGGUUAUGUGAUUUGGGUGAAGUGAAACUUGUCCAUCAUAGGAUAUGCACUGCCCUGAAAAUCAGACCAAGAAGCACAUUUCCAAUAGGUUUAGAGAUAUACAGAGCACAUUAGUGUAGCUAUCAUGUUCACUUUCAGGAAAGCACCAAACUGAACCCAUUGGGUAAAGCGAAUUUUAGUAUAUACUGCAGGGCAUUAGAAAGGUGUUUUGACUCAUAGACAACUGGGGACAUUGCUGAUUUUAUUGAAACUGCUGUUCUCUUGCAUUAGGGUUUUAAAAACAAAUUCUUUAAGCAUUAUUGUAGUUGUAAGGGGAGAGGUAUAAGCUGUGGUCUUUAUUGUGUAAUGACGCAUAGCAUCGAUGAAACAUGUCUGUGUAAUAUCUCAUGGUCAGGUUAGCUCAUUGGUUAGAAGCCAGGGAGGACAGAACAGGUGGUUAAACUGCAAUUCCCAGCAAAAUGUAACUGCAUCAAUCUUAUCAAAUCAUAGCUUCCUCUUCUUUGUUUUCCCACAUACCUCUUACCCGCCUUCCUCCCUUCCCCAAACACAUUUUCUUCCUCAGAGCCUGAAAUACUUUCCCUCUAGCUUAAAAAAGCUAAUGGUGUGUGUUUGCUCCUGCAGUCACCAGCUCUGGACUUUGACUAUUCUUAGCAAAGUAAUAUAUUGGUCCCAUAGAAUUCUGCCAGGGCAUGUGAAUAGUUCUCUUGAAGCCCAUGAGACUAUUCUACAUGAGGUUUGCAGAACUGAUUUUUGGGUUCAUACGGCACCAACCAUAGGAGACAACAAGGCUCUUCUUGCAGAUUAUUUUUUCCGGAUUAUUUUGAUGAAGCACCAGAAUGAUGAGGUACUUCCCCCAUUGGGAAAACUUUCUAGUUACUUAAUAUUUACAGCAGCUGGUGGAAAGUAAAUGCUGUUGGCUGGAGGGCUGGGAGGAGAUAGAAAUGAAGUUAAACAAUGGAGUCACUUCUCAUAGUUCGUGUGUGUUUAAUUUAAAGUUAUAAAUUUAGAGACCUUAAGUGUAUGAAUUAGACAUUGUCUUCUGUUGGGGACAUGGUUGUGAGUGUUAUCCCAUCUUAGCGCUAACCUACACUUAAAGUUUUACCAUCAUAACUAUGUUAGGGAUGUCAGAGGGAUUUUUUGCUCAUAUAGUUAUGCUGGUAAAAGCCCUAGGGUAGCUGCAGUUUUAUAAAAGGUGCCUUAUACUGGUACAGUUUAUUUCAGUUCCCGUAUGGAAAUUUGUCUAUGAGUCAAAUCUCCUUCCUUUGAAGUUUUUAAGGUCAGGC